UUCAAGGCAAUUUCAUGUUGAGGUACAUUAUUCCUCCGGAUUCUACUUCAUGUUUUCUAGAGAGUGAAGUUGAUAUGAGAAUGAUUUUUAGGAAUUUGGUUCGUUACAAUUCUGAUUUUGUUGAAGUGUUUGUGACUGAUUUGCCUUCUAUUAGUGAAAGUGUGGUGAGUAACACAGUGUGUGAGGAUUCUAGUACCAUGCUUGAGGAGAAUGAUUAUUUGGGGUGUUAUAGGGCAGAGGCACCGAAGAGUUAUAUGACGAAAGGUUGGGAGAGUUAUAUUCAUUCUGAAGGCCAAAAGUUUGAGGGUGGGGUUGUUGAGUUUAGGGAUAAGCUGCGUAAGUAUGCUAUAGAAAUUGGCUUUUCAUAUGAGUUUGUUAGAAAUGACAAGGUUCGUGUUAUUGCUCAGUGUUCUAAGAAACAUUCUCAAGGCUGCAAUUGGCUGGUGAAGGCUUAUUUAUGUAGGGCUAAUGGUUUCUUUAUGAUUAAAAGGUUGGUUAAUGUUCACACUUGUCAUGGUGUGAUUCGUUUGCAGAAGAGUAAGAUGAUGGGAUCCAAGGUUGUCAAGUCUAUUGUGCUUGAUAAGAUUCGUGCCAAUCCAAACAAAAAGCCAAUUGAUAUAGCUGAUGAGAUCAAGAGUGAUUAUGGUUUGGAUGUUGCUUAUCGUACAGUUUGGUAUGGUACGGAGUUGGCAAAAACAGCCCUACAUGGUGAUGAAGCUGAGUCUUAUGCUCAGCUACUUUGGUUCAGUGAGUCUGUUAUGAAGUCAAACCCCGACUCUAGGAUAGUGGUUGAGUUUCAUCGAGAAACACACAGGUUUCAGCGUAUGUUUGUGAGCUAUGGUGCAUGGAUGAAGGGUUUUCAAUCUUGUAGACCUAUUCUUUUCAUUGAUGCUACAUUCAUCACCAACAAGUACAAGGGGCAGAUUAUUGCUGCAUCGGCAAAGGAUGCCAAUCAAGGCUUGUAUCCAGUUGCUUAUGCUAUUGUGGAUUCUGAAAAUGAGAGUAAUUGGAGUUUUUUUCUUGAGGUUUUGGCUGAAGAGUUUGCAAAACACCCUAUGAGGAGGGUGACAUUCAUUUCUGAUCGUCAUGUUGGGCUUGUUAGUGCUUUCCCUAGAGUGUUUCCUAAUAAUCCACAUGGGUUUUGUUUUAGACACCUGAUGUCUAACCUUUCUGACAAAUUUCCAGCUGGAUCUUACCUCAAGGAUCGGAUUCCUUACUUGUUUAUGUGUUGUGCUUAUUCUCGCACACCGGAGAUGUAUGAGUUCAACAUGGAAAUCUUGAGGAGUGAAGGCGGGGACAUAGUUGCUCAAUUUCUGGAGGAUCUUCCCAAGGAGAACUGGUGUAUGGCUUACUUUAAUGGUGAAAGAUUUGGUGAAAUGACAAAUAACUUGGCUGAGUCUUUCAAUAAUUGGGUGUUGCCUUUGAAGAGUCUUCCUAUUCUUGAUAUUAAUGAUGGCAUUAGAGUGAAGUCCAUGGCUUCAAUUGCUGCUCGGAAGCAGGAUGCUCAUGAAUGGUUUUCUGAGUUGUGCCCAGUGAUUGAAAAGAAGCUGAAGGACAAUUUGGAAGUCGGAAGGCAUUGGAGAGUGAGCAGGUCUGAUACCUAUGUGUAUGAAGUUCACUGCCAGAAGUACAAUAGCAUGGUAAAUUUGGAAAGUCGGUUUUGUUCGUGUGGAGAAUGGCAGCUGUAUGGCUUCCCAUGUUCCCAUGCACUUGUAGUGAUCCAACAACAUGGUUCUUCCCCGUAUUUGUAUGUCAAUGAGCUGUACAAGGUGGAUAAAUAUCGAGAAACUUAUUCUUUCCCAAUUAAUCCUCUUCCCUCUAUUUCGAAGCAAGUGCAUGAUUUUGGUAGAGAUGCUGUGAUCUUGCAGCCGCCUUUGACUAGAAGACCACCGGGAAGGCCUAGAAAGAAGAGGUUCAGAAAAAGGAGCGAGAAAACCAGGGUGAUCAAGUGUGGUAGGUGUGGAAAAUGUGAUGGUCACAACAGAAAGAGUUGUACAGCUCCGAUAUAGGUUCAAUUCUGCCUACAUGCCUUUAACAGUGACAUGGCAAGUGACAUAGCAAGUGACUCCAAUACAGUUUGAAUAUUUGUUUUGAUUUUUCAUUUUUUUCAAUAAAUGAUAAGAAGUGCUUGUAAGGUGCUUACUCA